UUCCUGUCAUUUAGUGUCAGGUUAAUGAAGGAUGCAGUGACAAUAAGGCUGGGAAAGUAGACGUAGGUCAUGUCAUCAAAGGCUGAGGAUCACAAAGCACCACCAAGUUGCUGGAGGAGGAAAGUGACACGGUGUAAGAGGAUUUUAGGACGACAACCAUGGUAGCGACGUGUGGAGAUACGAAGAAGGACAGAAGGCAGAGAAACCAGUGAUCAGAAAUGAGUGAACAAUCAGAAAAAAACAAUUCCACGCAAGAGAAACAUGCAGGUCAAAGUUCUCCUGAGAAAAACUGUCAAAUCGGACAGAAGCAACUGCAACAGAUAGAGCGACAGUUAAAAUGCUUGGCAUUUCAAAAUCCCGGACCACAGGUAGCAGACUUUAAUCCUGAAACAAGGCAGCAGAAAAAGAAAGCACGAAUGUCAAAGAUGAAUGAGUAUUUUUCUGUAAAGUACAAAGUUCUGAAGAAGUACGACAAAAGCGGCAGGCUUAUCUGCAACGACGCUGACCUGUGCGAUUGCCUGGAGAAGAACUGCCUGGGUUGCUUCUACCCUUGCCCCAAGUGUAACUCCAACAAGUGUGGCCCUGAAUGCCGCUGCAACCGCCGCUGGGUCUACGACGCCAUCGUCACUGAGUCUGGGGAGGUCAUCAGCACACUGCCCUUCAACGUUCCUGACUAGGAGCUGCCCUCGUGGGCUGAUUGGUUUCUUCUUUACAUUUAAGGCAACCUCUUUCUCUUGGGUGAAUUUUAGGGCUGGGGGAAAAUGUUUUAAAAAAACGUACUUAAGACUCAUGUUCUGCGAAGCCAUAGAACAGUGUGGAAUGGGCCAUCCUUCUCUAACCUUCCUGCUGUGACCUCUCAAAUUCGUCUCCUUGUAACCCAAGAGAGUGCCUACAGAUGGAUAUCAGCACCGACACCUCCAUCGCUACUUUGGUCUCAGAUUAAAAAUCCCUUUCCUCUUUGCUGGUAUCUUAGGAAAUGGAGUCUGAAGAUCUUCAGAAUUCUGUAGCUGGGAGCUUGUCAUGACAUAGAACAUAGAAUCAUACGUCUAUAAUAGCUAGUUCCCCUUAGAAUCUUACACAUCACUAGUUCUAAAUCAGAAUUGUUAUUUGGCUUAAAAAAACCAAAACCUUGUGACUUGGCGUGCAUACCCACAGUCUCAUU